AUGUCAUCGGAGGCGGUGGCGGGAGCUGUUCAUUCUCGCGAACAGAUGCUCUGGUUUGGAAACUCAUUUCCUGGUUUCGAGAUCUUUCGACCAGGAGUUCCAAUGUUCUUUGCAGUUCGGCUGUACGAUAUGGGAAAGAUCCUUGACCAACAGCCGCUUGGGUUCGUUGAGCCCAAUUCGAGUGAAUCGGUCCUGGAGGCCGUAUCUCGGGACGAAUCCAGAUGUACCGGUUUCCUCCGACCGGAGUUCCAGUGUUCGGGUUCGUGGAGUCCACGCCCGGACAAGCUGUGGGUGCAGCGGUUCCGAGGUUGCCCAGAUCUGAAGCGGAUCAGGAGCGUUGCAACCUUACCGGAGCUGGUCUGCUUGAAGCGGAUCGAUUCGGUUAUGUCUGGCUGGAAGGGUUAG